UUUGUCCACGUUUUUCCUCCAUAUUUGACAAUUGAAAGUGAUUGUCCAGCCCAGCAGAGCAAAACUGACAAACAAUUGAGAUCAUGAAUGGUCCCUUCUGGCAGCAGGUCUCCUCUGUAUAUCCCUGGUAAUGUUGCAAUCAGUGUACCUGCACUGUUAGCAGUACAGUACUGUGUCUUGGCCUGCAGGCUGUAAACAACCCUGUCUGCUGCGCUCCCUCCUCCGUGCGUCUUACGUAGCUCGCUAAGCCCCGCCCCCGGCCUGGCUCUCACGCACCAGUUACGUCUGACCGUAAAAAAUAGAAACUUCCAAGAUGGCCGAGGCCGUGGACUCCAUGCAUUUCGCAGCAAAUAGCAAAACAAAUUCCCCUAAACCCUUGAUAGCUAAACGGCCGCCGGAGAGCCGACCGCAGUCUUCCAGCGACAUUUACCCACCGCCCCCUAAGAAGGUCCGGGUGGAGGAGAAGGGCCUGAAGCACAGGAAACUGAACGGAGAGGUGUGCGCAGGGGAAAAACACAACGGGAAGCAGAGUUGUGGGAGCCCAGCGAAAUGGAGUUUCGGCCCGGCCAAGGCGAGCCACUCCACCGCCGCCGCGGUGCCCGCUACUCCCGCUCGGAAAAUAUUCAAAAUCAGCAACUUCCUCGCCUCGCCUCACAAAGUGAAAAAGGCAAAAGAGAAGCGACACAAGGAGAAAAGCAGUGAAGCGCAGCGGAGCUCAGCCGUUGGUGUGGAGAUAGUGAGCCCAGCUAGCUGCCAUACAAAGACCGAGAACGGCGACGUGAAAAUGCUACAGAGAGAUCACCGUGUGAAGGAGAAGGACAGAGAGAAGAAAAAGGAAAAGAAUAAAGAGUGGAAAAAUCACAAAUUUCCACCUGUACAUGACAUUGCAAGAGAAAACGGAGAGGUGAUUUCUCCACAGAAAGAGUCCACGGAGAAGCCCACAGCUGGUUCAGAGGAAGACCUCCUGCUGAAGAAACUCAAGAAGAAGAAGAAAAAGAAGCACAAAGAUGGCGAGCGGGUGAAGGAGAGGCACAGCCGACCCAAAAUGUACCACCGCUCAUGCCAGACAGUGUGUUCAGGAGUGUCCCUGGGUCUGCCCGAGUUCCUCAGUCGAAUUAAUGGGAACAACAGCAUUAACAGCAGCAGUCUACUCCACACUACCACUGCACAACCACAACACCAGGAUCCUCCUGUUGCUGCCGCUACCUCUGCCUCCAUCUCCUCCAUGGUCAGGGACCGGCUCGGCUACAGCUCCCCGCUCCACUGCACCCCAGCACCGGGCCUACCUGGUCUGGAGUUUGGCCACCUGAUCCACAUCGAGCAGCAGGCCAACGGAGGGGCGUCUGUGGUGCACGCCUACACUGAGCAGCUCUCCUACCUGUCUCCGGCUGAGAUGCAGCGUUUCGCCCAGGAGUUUGUGACCCUGUCGUUCAGCGAGGACGAGGCCCAGGCUGCGUGUUUUGUGAUGGGAAUCAUCCAUGGAGCGGCGUCCUACCUCCCAGACUUCCUGGACUACUUCUCCUACAAGUUCCCCAAUGCGCCAGUGAAGAUGGAGGUGCUGGGGAAGAAGGACAUCGAGACGACAACCAUGGUCAACUUCCACUCUCAGGUGAAGCGGACAUAUUCCCAGGGAACGUACCGUGCUGGGGCCAUGCGGCAGGUCAGUCUGGUCGGGGCUGUGGACGAAGAGGUUGGAGACUACUUCCCCGAGUUCAUCAGCAUGUUAGAGGAAUCUCCUUUUCUGGAGCGGACUCUGCCCUGGGGAACAUUCUCCAGUCUGCGGCUGCAGAGCCCCACUGAGAGUGACGACGGCCCCAUCAUGUGGGUCAGACCUGGAGAACAGAUGAUCCCUAUGGCGGACAUGCCAAAAUCACCCUUCAAAAGGAAAAGGUCCACCAAUGAGAUAAAGAACCUGCAAUAUCUACCCAGAGCCAGCGAGCCCAGGGAGAUGCUGUUUGAGGACCGGACGAGAGCCCACGCUGACCACAUCGGUCAGGGGUUUGAGAGACAAACUACUGCUGCUGUAGGUGUGCUGAAGGCUGUGCGCUGCGGAGAGGAUUGCGCUCCUGCCCGGAUCACCAAAGAUGUUGUGUGUUUCCACGCUGGAGAUUUCCCAGAUGUGGUCAUGAGGCUGCAGCUGGACCUCCACGAACCUCCGCUGUCUCAGUGUGUACAGUGGAUCGAUGAUGCCAAGCUCAACCAGUUAAGGAGGGAGGGCAUCCGAUACGCCCGAAUCCAACUCUACCACGAUGACAUCUACUUCAUUCCCAGAGGAGUUGUCCACCAGUUCAAAACUGUGUCUGCUGUCUGCAGUCUGGCCUGGCAUAUCCGACUCAGACAGUAUCAUCAGCACGAAGAGAAGGAGGAGGAGGAAGAGGUGAAGGAAGAGAAGUGUGCACCUAGAGAAGUGGCACUUCCUAUCAAAGAAGAGGAGGAAGACGAGGAGGUUGAGGGGAAGGAGUGUGACCCUGCUGUACAGACAGUGACAAAGCUGGAGGAUGAGGAGACUGAGGAAAGGGAGGGGCUGCCCUCACAAACUCCGACACAGAUUUUCAAGGAAGAAGAGCAAGAGAACAGAGCCGAGAUAAAGGAGUUGUCAGCGACACAGUCUCUACCUUUUGUCAAGAAGGAGAGAGAUGAAGGUGUACUCACUCACACACUAAUGGAGCCUAAAGCUGAGGAAGAUGAAAAAGAGGAAGAUAAGGGAGGGGGAGAUGAAGAUGCAGACACAUGCCGGACACCGCAGAAGGGCCAUGAGGAGAGUGGAGUAGACAGUGCAUCCUUUAAGUCACUACAGCAAAUUAGGAAGGAGAACGAUGUGGAGGAAGAGAGGCAGCAAAAGACUGUACCAGGUCAAGGUCUGAAAGAGAAAACUAAAGAUAGCAUAACAAGCACUUACAACACACCACAAAUCAAAAGGGAAAAAGAUAAAAGCAAAAGAGAUAAAGAUGAAAAGGAGAGGGUUAAGAAGGACAAGGAUAGGAGUAAAGAGAAGGAAAGGGAUAAAAAGGAUAGGGUGAAAGACAGGGAUAGAGAGAAGGACAGGGUGAGAGAGCAGGAGAAAGUUAAGUCCGAGGGAGGACGAGAGGGUAAUACAUCGACACAGCCAUUGCCACAGAUAAGGAAAAAAGAGGACGAGGAGCGGACAAGAGAGGGCAGUAAAGCCUCUCAAACUUCCCUGCCUGCACAGAGAGACGAGAAGUGGGACUCAAAGACACAACCCCACGUCAAGAGAGAGAAGGAGCACGCAGGGAGCGAUAAAGAGAAGGGACAGGGAGCGUCUCACUUACGGCCAGACAGAGAGGAGGCUCGGGACGCCUGUUCGCAUAAACACAAGUCUUCACACGGGAAGAAGGAGAAAAGCGGGCACAGGGAGGGCAAGGAGGGCAACACGUCGAGUACGCAGGGGGUGCAGACAAAGUCAGGGAGAGAGGACGGGAAGACAGGCAUUCCCAAACCUGCGAACAUUCAGGUAAAGAAAGACGGAAAGAAGGAUAAAGACGUCAACAGUAAAGAGGAGAGGAAGAAGUCUGCCUCUGGUCCUGCGCCACCAGAACACAAACCACCAAGGACACUCAUCACCUUUGACCUCUUUAAGCCGAUGGAGGCUCACCAAACUCUGGCCCUUUCCUUCACAGACAGUAGGCCUAAGACCCACCAUCACAGUGACUCUCGAGGCUCUUCCUCUAAGCUUGGAUCUGACAGUCGGACAGUUGUGCCCUCUAAAGGACCAAAAGUAAAGGACACAGUGCAGGGAAAAGCUGCCACACCCGUACAGGACACUCGGCCACAGCAGCACUCGUUAAAACAGCCCCUUAAAACACACACCCCCCAAACACAGAAAGACUUCUUAAUAUGAAUGUCUAGAUGUCUAGUCUUCUUUUUUUACUGUACAACUUACGCUGAGGCUUUGUUAAAGUAUUUGAAAAUGCAUCCUUCCUUCAGACAUCAGCUGGUCUUCUUUAAUUUGUAAUAGAUGAGCGGGGUGCAUUCCAUUAUUUUGCCGACACAGCCACAUUACUCCAGUGACAUAGUGAAAAGAGGAUGCACUCUCCAAGUAUUUUAUCAGUGCCUAAGAAUGUAAGCUAAGUAGCUCACUUCACGUUUGUUAGCGAAUGUACGUAGGCUCUAUAUAAAAUGUUAUGUGACCCAUGUGUCAGUGCCUGUGCACUACUUAGCUUCGCUCUUAAAGCACCUAUUUUAGGUACUGGACUAACCAAUCUGAAAACAACCAUCCUUACUCCCUUCUAUAGGAAGUACCUACGUUCACUGUUUGGGACGUUUUAGCAAGUCACCGAGCUCCCGCUGAAAUCCUCUUUGCCAUGUUGCUUUAGUCGAUGGGGUUUGAUGUUUAUAACACUCCAAAAUGGAGCAAGUAGUUGUUUUCAGACUGGACGGUGUUUGACUCACACAGGGCUGUAAAUGAUACUGUAUGUACCAAAACUGUACAGUAUAGAUGUUAUUAGCACCAAUGUGAGAAAAUGUAUACAGAAAUUGCAUAUAUUUUUUGUAAGACAAGUUUUAUUUUCCAUGGAACUUAUUUAUAUCAUUUGUCUGUUUUUAUUUGAACCAAUGUAUGUGAAAAUUUUGUUGUAAAUACAUUUUAUUUCCUAAGAUAAGACUUGGUAGUGUGAUUUAUACUCUGAUCAGAACCUCUCAAUAAAUGGUUCAAAAAUA